AUGAUCACUGUCUUCGACAAUUUAUCUGAUUUAUCAUUGAUCGAAAUAUUGUCUUAUCUAUCUUGUGCUGAUGCUCUAUGGGCAUUCAGUAAUAUCAGUGCUCGUCUGACAACAUUGUUAACUGAAUUAGGUUUUUAUCGUCAUGCUAAUUUAUCAUCUACUCGAUAUUAUCAAUUUCAAACAAUUUUACCAAUACUUCGAUUAAAUGAAAUAGAGUCACUUGUUAUUGAUUGUUAUGCAUCAUCUAUUCAACUGAGGAAAUGGCCUUAUUUACCCCGUUUAAUAACAUUACGAUUGAAGGGUGUACGUAACGUUGUCGAUGUUUUCAAUUUCGCACAACAACAUGCAAAAACAUUGAUGCAUCUUACAGUCGAAUCAAGCGAUGAUUAUCAGACAGGUGGUCUGACAAAAAAAAAAUGCUAUCCACCAUGGAAUUUAUGUGAAUUUGUCCAGAAAGUUCUUCGUCGUCUGUCUGCACUUCGUUUGCUUGAUUUGGGACUGGAAACAUCUUUUUUUCUACAUCUAUGGCCUUUAAAAACCAUACCAACACACUUGAUCUAUCUGAGAAUUACACUUACUAAAACACAAGAUUUACUACAUAUUAUGUCGACCACACCAUUAGCAUGUACAUUACAACAACUACAUAUAAAAAUGAGUGUAUGUAAUGACAUAAAUCGUAGUUUACAUGCUAAAGAUUGUUUACCUCGAAUGGAAGCCUUGCAUACAUUUACAUUUGUGAAUUUAUUUCGUUCGUAUUGCAGUGAAGAAUGGACACUACUUAAUGUAUUAACUACUUCUAGUGUUAUGCCUAUUUUACGACGAAUAAAUUUCUCUAUUGUUAUUGCUCGUGAUGAUCUUGAUCGAAUGACUAAUUCAGCACUCUUUACUGAUUAUCGUCAUGUUGAUAUUCAUUAUGCUUUAAUCAUUAAUGAUAGUCGAAAACAUUUUGAACUUAGGGAAUAUGUACCACGUGGUAGUCAAUUCCAUCCUCGUCAAAUAGCUAGCGCAACAUUUAUAUCUGAGUAUUGGCCUCAUGAUCCACCGUUCACAACUCCCGAGCAAUUGUAUUUUGAAAAACGAAAAAAACGACAACAUCUAUUCUACACGUUGCCAUGGAUCUUCACUGAAUUCUAUCAAUUAUCUGUUCGAGAUAUAUUUAUUAGCGACUUACAAGUGUUUCCAGCGUCAACUCUAGCUAAUACAAUUUGUCCUUCUCGUCUUGUCAAGUUGAAUAUACAAGAUAAUCAUCCAUCGCCGACUACUUUUUUCUCUCAUAUAGUGAUAUCGAAUCAAGUAACCGAACUUCGUUUAUCACAAUGUGAUAAGAAGACUUCUGUAAAUUUGUCGAAUAUUACUCAUCUUAUUCUUACAGAUAGUCUUGAUUCAUUAAAUAAUUGCUCACUUUCAACCAGGAUUCGAUCUAUUCAAAUUACUCUUAAUCAUAAAUGGCUUAGGUUUGGAAACGAUGAUUGGAAUGCUUUUCGUAGACUGUCAACUUUGCCAAUGUUGAAGUCGUUACGUGUACUUUUGCGUGGUAUGCAUACUCCACCGGAUGAUACAAGUUGCCAAAUUAUUGCAGAAACAGCAGUAAUGGUCUCGGAUUUUUGUUUUUGCUUUCGACGUCGUGGUGAUCGAAAUGAAUAUGAUAUUGAUAUAGCAUACACGAAGCAUUCUUUAUUCAUCAAACAAUUACAAAAUCAUAUUCUUGCUUUACCACUAAAUGAAAAACCAUAUGUUGUUGUUGAGAAAUAUAGUUGUGGAAUUUUUAUAUGGUUUUGA